UGACGUAACUCCAGCUGUUUUAAUAAAACAAACGGCUUGGCGCCGGCGCGAGGUUUUUGCUGUUGCGCGCUCUUUCGGCGCUGGAUUCUCUGUCCAUAUUUUCGUUCUGUUUUGAGAAGGAGGCGUUCGUGGAUGAGUGAAAUUGGACAUAAAGUUGACUACACACCAAGCUAUAGGCUGUUCAUUUUUCUGUAUGAAAAAAAUUUUUACAAGCAGAAUUCUGUAAAAACAAACUUGCUGCUCAUCUAAACCUCCAAUAUGAAAAGCUGCAGGAAUUCAACUAAAUUGAAACCGGAAUCCAAACCUCUCCAACAGAUCAACUCACGGAAACGACACAGAUCGGAUGAAGAUUCUCUAUGCAAAUCUAUUGAAAAAAGUUCAAAAAAUGAGCGAGAGACUCCUAAAGCAAAGCGUGUUAUGCAUUCUCAAACAAAGGAUUCACCUGUAUUAGCAAAACAGAACUACCUCCAAGAAGAUGUUGAUAAAGAAUUACAGAGUUUUCUUACUCCUGCCAAAGAUGAUCAAACAGAUGCCGAGUACGAUGAUGUGAUUGAUGUGAGCAAAAGUAAAAUGGAUGAAAACAAGAAAGUCUCACAAUAUCGAUUCCGAAAUAUGAUGGUCACUGAACUACCAUGUUUGCCACUAAAGUCACCUUUACCUGAGCUCAGUUGGGCCGAUUCACAAGACUUAUGGAAAGCAAUGGUAAACAAAGAAAUGAAAUAUCAAUGUGAUAAUAAAUACAUGAUCAGGCAUCCUGAUCUUCAACCAAGAAUGAGAGCCAUCUUAAUGGAUUGGAUGAUCGAGGUUUGUGAAGUCUACACACUGCAUCGAGAAACUUUUUACCUUGCUGUCGACUACAUCGACAGAUUUUUAUCAAGAACAGAAAAUAUAAGAAAAACACAAUUACAAUUAGUGGGAAUUACAGCUUUAUUUAUCGCAGCAAAAUUAGAGGAAAUCUACCCGCCUAAGCUUGCUGACUUUGCCUAUGUAACAGAUGGUGCUUGUACGGAAGAUGAAAUUUUAAAAUUGGAAUUACUUAUGUUAAAUAAACUCAAAUGGGCUCUCUCGCCUGUUACAGUCAACUCAUGGCUGAACGUUUACCUGCAAACUGCACAUCUUUCAUUUAUCGCAAAUGCAUCAAAUACUUUUAUAUUGCCGCAGUAUCCACAGCAUACUUUUGUCCAUGUCGCGCAGCUGACUGAUUUAUGUAUAUUGGAUAUGGAAAGUUUAGAAUUUUCAUCAGGAGUUAUAGCAGCAUCAGCACUUUAUCAUUUCUCAUCUUGUGAACUUGCUACACAUGUGUCCGGUUAUGAAUACAAAGAUUUAGCUAAGUGUAUUCAUUGGAUGGCACCAUUUGCAAUGACUGUGCGAGAUACCGGUCUUCAACCAGUAAAAGAAUUUGCAAAAGUUGAAAAAUCUGAUGCACACAAUAUUCAAACUCAUUCUAAUGAUAUUGCGGCACUGGAUAUGGUAUAUGAAAGAAGGUCACAGCAUUUGACAGUAUGUUCGUCGCCAACAGAAAUUGCAGGAAUUAUAACUCCACCUAAAAGCAGUCAAAAACCUAUGAUAAUCGACUCAUCUCAUGCGAAACGUGCCGGAGUAGGACACUGUUGAGUGUUUCGAGGACUGCCCUAACGAUGUGGGCAAAAGUUCUAAUCGCGUGACCGUCAACGCAUUGUGCGAAAAUUACAAGGUGUGUCCAAAGGUUUUGCGGAAUAACCCAGAAAAUCAGCUCCUAUCCCAUCAAUGAUGAUGUCAAAUGUGAUGCUGGCUAGAGUCGCUUUGCCUGCUUGAAAAUCUUCACCACUGUGAUGGAUUAUGGUUGUACAAACUGGGUAGGGCUGUAAUGGUAAGACAUACUACCAUUAUUCCCAAUGACUAACAGAUAGUAAAAAAAAAAAUUUACAGACCGCUGAAGGAGUCCAAUUAUAGGGGAUAGAGAAUGUCCAAUAUAAACUAAGAUAGAGUUGCUUGCGUGAAAUAGGCAAUGCUUUUAAAAAAUGAAUUUUUAUUAUAUACAAAGUUUUUUUUGUUAUGAUGCGAUAUUAGCAUAAAAAGUUUAAAAAAAAUUUUUGUAUUUUUUUUUUCAAUUUUAUUUUCCUGUUCAAAUUUGUUUUCUAUGGUGCAAGAUAUUUAUGCUACUACAAAUGUUUUUUUUAAUAAGUCCAGUAAUAUAGUUAUGAAUUUUAAUGCAUACUUAUGAACUCGCAACAAAAUUGCAACACUUGGUGCAUUGCUCAUUUUAUGUCAUCAUAGCUCAUUUUUCUUGUCUUGUCUCUCUAUCUCCCUCUCUCUCUCUUGUAAGUGAUUAUUUUGUUCGUUUCAUUUGGUGAUGGCAAUCCUAAAAAUGAAAAUGAAAUAUUGAAACAUCUCAACAACAGAUAUAUACUGAAUUCGGUGCAAUUUUGUUAGUUCCACCAAUUUGAAUCUCAAAAUUCUCAAGCGAACCACUUCUUUCUUGAGCAUGAACGGAUAGUAUAUUGUGGUAAACAUCCAGAGUUGCUUCGGAACAAUUUUUUCAAAGUAUACUAUACUAUUCAGUGCACUAUUUCCCUCGUUUUAUAUGUGCUAUUUUUGUGUGCCAAGCAGCAAUUUUUUUGUAUUUAUGUGCCUCAUUUGAAAAAUAUACCUGUAUCUCUGAUUAAAAUCGUCUUAGGAUAAUGCUAGUCAUUUGCUUGUGGAUAUGAAAUCUGUAUGAUGAUGUAAUAGCUGUAAUAUUAUUAUUGCUUACAUAUGCUUUGCUCUGUUAACAAACCUCUUAAUAUAGGACCAAACAAAAAAUAACUUAUUCCAAUGUUCGUGACCAAACUUUGUUUUACAUUUCAUAAUCAUACUUUUACAUUCAUAUUUUAUAUAGUAUUGUUGCGAAGAACAUAAACAAUGACAUAACGAAUUCUUAUUUAACUCAGUCACACACAGUAUAGCAAGCUAUUACUUCUAGACAAGUUGGCAAAGAGGAAAUUUAAAAACACCAUCCAACCACUGAUUCGCCUUUUCAAAUGAGUUUUUUCAAACCUAUUGUCUUUUGCGCCCUUCCAUGGUUGCAGUCCUGAAUCUGAAUCCCGACAUUUUUGUACCACAAAUGAGGAUUAUUGUUGAUAAAUUUUCCACGUUGUCCAGAUGAGAUAAGCUGUUGGGAACAAGGUUAUUCAGAUGUUGCUUUCUGAUAAAUGUGUUGAAUAUGAAUUGUUUCAUAUUAGUUAAAAGCAGUAUUUGCCAAGAUAUAUCGUUUUUAAAGAUAAACCGUUCUUUCUGUCCAAAAAAUGAAACCAAUCAGUUUAUACCCAAACUUAGAUAUUUUAUAUGAAAUAAACUUUAUUGUUCAUUUUA